AUGACGUCACAUCCUGGACAACCUUUCACCUUUAUGGAGGACGAAAAUUGUCAGCUACUUGAAAAUGCGCAUUCUGAGUUUAACAAACGCAACUUUGACAAGGCGGAGGAGUUGUAUGCAAGGUUCAUCUCUUCCUGUUUACAGUCCAGGAGCUGUGAAGCCUCCAAACUCGCCACCGCUUACAACAAUCGAGGUCAGAUAAAGUACUUCCGGGUGGAUUUUUAUGAAGCAAUGGAGGACUACACCUCUGCUAUACGGACGGACUGCCAGUUUCCAAUCCCUUUCUACAACAGAGGACUCAUCCGGUAUAGAUUAGGCUUUUUUGAAGAUGCAAAAAGUGACUUCCAACAAGCACUCAAGCUAGAUGCUGAAUUUGAAGAUGCUAAAAUGAGUCUGCAACAGACACUUCUGGACCAACAGGAAAAGUUAAAAAGAGGAUACUGAUGAUUUUACACAAGCAAGUGUGUGUAACCUCUUGAAAACCUGAUUUCUCUGAUACUUGGAGAAUGUCCUUUCAGAUAUUUGAGAACAUUUAGGCAGGGACAUUUCAUGCAGACACUUGUUCCAUAUUGUCACACUGAAGAUAAUAAAAUAUUUGUUUUUAUAAGCAGUGAAUGAAAAACUGAUUAUUAAUUGUUUUUUUCAGAUUUGGGAAUCCUUUUUCUUUGGAAAAAUUCCUUUGAUUUCUGAAUUUUAUUAUUGCUGAUUUUUAAAAAUUCUUAUCUGAGAUCUACUUGUUUCAGUUAGGAAUAAUAUUUUCAUUGUAAGGCCUUCUUCCUGUACAUGUUGUUGAAGAAAUACUGAGGAAAAUAUGGCUUAAUUUUGGGGAAUAUAUAAAAAGAAUCAGUCUUACCCUAGACUUAACCUCAGUUGAUCACAGAAGAUGACUGAUCAAACUGAGCAUAGCACUGCCGUGUGGUUCUUUUUGCUGAAAGGGAGUUCUUCCUUUCAACUACCGUUGCAUGAGGUAUUUCUGCAAAGUCAGCAUCAUAAUGCAGUCAGCUCGGCAUCAAUAAAUAGAAAACUGCCACCAACUUUCAUAACAUAAUAAACUGAAUUUGACUUUUUUUUUUAUAGAUGUAAGAUAGGACUGGCUAUUACUGGAUCUGAGAGUAUAUAAGAUUCCCUUGAAUUAGCAUGAAUGACACUGAAAUGAAAACAUGUAUUGAUUGUCUUGUAAAGUGCACUGUGAUGUUAUAUGCCAUGAUGUAUUGAUAAAUCGAAUUGAAAACCUGA